AUGAAUGAUCGUCCUGCCGCAUUAUUAUUCAUUCUUCUAGCGCAGUUGUUUUGUCUAGCAUUUCUUGUCAUUACUGUUGAAGCAGAAGUGGACUGCAGAUUGGUUAGUGGAAGGCGUUUAUUGAUAUUUUCGCAGCGUAUUCGUGAUAGUGAAGAAGUGAAACAUGACGGAAGUGGGCGAUGUGCAAAAAGCGCGCGCACAAAUGGAACGUUUGAAAGUAAGCGGAUUGCUGAUCGGAAAAUCAAACCUUCAUCAACUUGUUUGGCUCAGAAAGUUGCUCCGGGAACGCGAGCUGGAGAAUACAUAGAGGUGGUUACAAAUGUUUGGGGAAUGAUCCCCCAGAAAAAUAUACCUAUUUUCCGGUAUGAUUUUCGUGUCUUAGAGGAGUAUCCUCCUAAAAAGGGGAGCAGUGAACCAGCUAUGAAAGAAGUCACGAAACAGACGCGUAAUGAUUAUAUUGCUGUCGAACGGAAGUCGAAGUGCGUGAUAGUGUAUCAGACUUUGUUAAAACGAGAAAAGCAAUUUUUCGGUCCGCCAGACUCCAUUGUUUAUGAUCGUGCUGCGAUUCUAUAUUCUUUGAAAAAGUUACCUAUUACUGGAGGUGGUGGCGACAAGGAGUCACAGAUAACUUUUUAUCUGGAUCCAAAAGAGCUUCCAGCUAAUACAGUUGGUGAUGAAUGCGUUAAGAUUCAUGUGAAUGUAAAACCAUGUAAAGAUGACUUUCAACUCACAAUGAAUGAUUUGAAGAACAGUGUCAGUAAUAAUCCAGAUGAAGUUAACAGAAGUUUGCAGCAAUUUUUGGAAAUUCUUGCUAUGCAAGAAGUAUUCUUUACUCAUGGGAGGUUUGUUAGCUAUGGUACCGGACAGUGCUACUUAUUAGAUCCUGAUCAAUUCGGAUUCAAAGCUCAGGAUAUGCCUGAACUUCAGGAGGGCAAAUACGUAGCCAUCGGAGCAUCGAAAGGUGUCAGGGUCAUCGAAGGGCCUAAGGGGUCAGGUGGUAUAAAUGCAGCACUGGUAAUUGAUGUGAAAAAAGCUGCUUUUCACAUUGAUAACCAAGAUUUGGUUGAGAAAGCUGGCAACAUAUUGAAACGAAGUAAAACUGAGUUAAAUCGAGGUCUUGAUCAGCAGUCGAUAGCUGUUUUAAACAAAUCUCUCAAAGGGUUGUAUGUACGUUGUGGUUAUGGAAAAGAACGCACGUUUGCUAUCGGAGGAAUAUCAAAGGAUACUCCGAGAUCAUUAAAGUUAGUCACUAAAACUGGUGAAAUGUCAGUAGAACAAUAUUUCUUCAAGAAGUAUGCUAUCAGAUUGAAGUAUGCAACUUUACCUUGUAUUAUGGAACGAAGUCAACCGAGAAAUAAGUUUUAUCCUAUGGAAGUAUUAAGUGUUUGUGAGAACCAGCGAGUGUCUCAAGGGCAACAAACUUCCAAUCAAGUUCAGGCAAUGAUUCGAGCCUGUGCGACGCUUCCUUCUCGUCGAAUAAGUCAGACAGCGGCUUUGACAGAAGCAAUGAAACUUAGAGGACAGAUAGGAAAUAGAUGGCUAAAGGGGUGUGAUGUGACUAUUACUGAUACUUUAACGCUUACCGCGAGGGUACUACCGGCACCAUCGAUCGAGUACAGUACGAAUGGCCGGUUAAAACCGAAUGAAAAGACUUCUUGGUCAGUUGGAAAUAAUCAUUAUUUAAUUCCGGCAACUUGUAAAAAUUGGUUUGCAGUAGCAUUAAUGGGGCCGCGAGAUAGUAAACUAAAUGAAACACAAUUUCGUACUUACAUUCGUACUUUUCUCUUACAUUGCCGUCAGCAUGGUAUGGAAAUGAGCGAACCACUUGGCUGCGAAUAUAUUUACCGUACAAAACAACAAGAUGUGGAGUCAUUGAUUUCAAAAGCAAAGCGUAUGGGUGCAACAUUCAUCCAUUUUGUAACUGCCGAUGAAUUGGAUUAUCACGCGCAAAUGAAAUAUGUAGAAUCGCAAGAGCAAAUACUUACACAAGAUCUGAAAGCAUCAACCGCAGCUGCUGUGGUGUUACAAAACAAAUGGCAGACACUGGAUAAUAUCAUCAAUAAAACUAAUGUCAAAUUAGGAGGACUUAAUUACUCAGUUCAUCUCGAAAAAAACUGCGACGACUGGCUAUUGAAACCAGGGCUGCUUGUAGUAGGAUUGGACAUUGCACAUCCUCCUGUUUCUGCUGUUCUUGGCAAGGAUAGACACGUCGUUCCAUCUGUAAUUGGGUAUUCAGCGAACAUAAAGAAACAUCCAUUAGAUUUCAUUGGUGGUUAUCGUUAUGGUAAAGCAGAAAUGGAAGAGUUAAUGGAUGAAUCGAUACACGAUAUAUUCGUAGAUAUAAUGCGGUACUUCAAAAAUAAUCGAGGCAAGCCUCCGACACAUUUAUUUGUUAUUAGGGAUGGUGUGUCUGAAGGGCAGUACAAAUAUGUCCUCAAUACUGAGAUAGAACAAAUCAAAAAGGCAUGUAAUACAGUUGGUGGAUCGUUUUAUCGUCCUCAUAUCACGUUUACUGUGCUCACAAAAAUGCAUAGUAUACGUUUGUUCAAGAAGAAUAUUGCGCAUCAAGCAAAAGCAGUGGAGCAAAAUAUCAAACCUGGAACAGUUAUCGAUAAACAUGUAGUUAAUCCUGUUUUGAAUGAGUUUUAUCUGAAUUCUCAUUCGGCGUUUCAGGGUACAACAAAAGCACCCCGAUACACUUUGCUGUUCGACUCUUCGAAAAUGAGUGCUGAUGAGAUGCAAGGCAUUGUCCAUGCACUUGCGUAUGAUUUCCAAAUUGUAAACAUGGCCGUUUCGCGUCCCUCACCAGUAAUGAUUGCUUCACGCAUGGCAAAACGCGGACGAAGCAAUUACAUAGCGAUGUAUGGUGAUGACGAUUCACAGCAUUCAAGCGGCAGCGCUGUCGAGGCAGACUUGGUGAAUCUGAAUAAUCAACUGAGUUAUAUCAGUAAACCUCUAGAAGGUGUACGAUUUAAUGCUUAA